CUCACCACACAGCGACAAACCAACGAAAUAUCAAUCUUGAAACGAAAAGGGGAGGAGAAGAGUAGCAAGGCACCUGAACGGAAAAAGGUUUUUAUUGAUAUUUCUCGACUUUAUUUCGGCAGCACUAACUAGUUUACUUUUUUUUUUUACCAAUGUUAAGAGCACCAAAGACAAAAAGUUGUCAUCUUCAAUUGAUAAAGAAGGAAUAGUAGAUUUCAGUAAUACAGGCCCAUCAGGACAAUCACAUGUCAUUGUUUGGAACGAUAAUCAAGGGGUAGACGUCUUAAGAGCUUCUUAUGAAAUGAAAGAUGAUUUUAAGAAGGCAAUUUCAAAAGUAUUUAAAAAUUCGGAUCACAUCAAUACCCAAUAUCGCAAAACUCUGGACUACCAGAUGAACGCAUCAUCUGAGGACUUGUUUUUUUUUAAAAUACUGUCCCAUUUGAUUGAAGCUUACCAAAUCAAUAGCCAUAUUUUUGACAUUGAAGAACAAAGGCUCUUAAGUGAAAAGGACUUUGACCACAAGAUCUAUGCCCGACUUCUGGAGUUACUCUUCUCAGACCGAAUCGACAUCAAAAUCAGUGGGAUAUCGACGUUGAAUUUUUUCAUGAUCCUCAAUAACUGUGCGCCUCUUUUUUUGAAGGUUACUGUAAGCAAGCUUGAUUAUCGUAUUGGCUUUUACUAUAAAAGUUUAUUCAUUGAUGUAUCCAACGUUGAAGUUGUAAAGGACAACCACGACCAUUUCAAAUUGAUUCGUUCAAACGGUGUGGGUCUUGGUACUAAUCUUUCACAAACCGAAAAGAGUCUGGGUUGUAUCCAUGCCAAAGCAACCAAAAAUAUGGACGCGGAAAGGACUCAUUUUGGUCGUGAAUAUGUUACUUCUUGUGGUGGUGAUAUUAUUGAAAGUGCUGAAUCCGGUGAUAUCUUAAAGGAGCAUACUAAGAUCGGUAGUAAAGUGUUGCAUUUGGUGAGUGAUCUGGGUCAAGUUGUUCAUUAUUUAAAUCGUGAUAAGACAUGUCCCAUGUAUGGUGAGGAUAUGAUAAAAGUUUGGUGUCGUCGUCGUACUUGGUAUAAGGAGGUUUGUAACUUUGAAUUCGUUGCCUAUGUGAAUAUCAUCGUGGAUGACGGUUACGUCUCCCCUACCGGGUGGUUAGCCAUUAAAAAGGAUCUCCAGAUAUUCCUUUUCUUCAUCAGCGGUCGUGAUACCAACCAAGUAAAUACUACUGUCGGUCGUGUCGGAGUACCCACAACCUUUAAAUCAUUGACUUCCAAGGACCUCAACUCUGUUCUCGAAAACCUCGAAGAGAUCUGUGAAGAUGGUAAGGCCAAUCAACUCAAGUAUGACGCGUGUGGAAAAUACGGUGAUAUCAUUAAACUUGUUGGCAAUACUCAAAGUUUCCAAGACAAUAUGGCACUUGAAACAUUCUGCGCUUCCAAGAAGGGUGGUAAAGAUCUUAUUGCUAUCAAUAUGGGUGCUGCCGGACAGUUACCCGAACUUUUGCACGGAGAUAUCAAGGGUACUAUUUGUGACAUGGCUUACAAGUCUUAUCGUACAAAGUUGCUUUUGCUAACUGAGCGCAUCAAGAUCUUGAUCUUUCAAGGUAUUGCUCAAUGUAAAAUCUGGACAGGAAAAUGUGCCCCAAUUACCGAAAUUGAAGGUGAAGUGUCAAAUACCCAGAGAUGUAAACCUUCAUGAUAUACAGUGGACACCCUGCAAUGCGAACAAAUUGUUUCAUCACAGAUCAAAGGAACCGGUUUUCCAUUAGGUUGUUUCAAACUACCUGUUAAUAAUUAAACGUUAUCACUUGGUUCUCUUGUCCUUUUUGUACACAAGCAUGAAC